AUGAGAAACAACGGAUCCCACAAAAGGACCAAAGCACCCAAGCAGGCCCGCAGGGAGAGGCCAAGGGACACGGACAAGGCCUGGUGGAGACAGUUCCUCAGCCACCUCUCUCGGAAGAAGCUGUGAACCAGGAUCGCGCUGCUUCUCCCCUUAGACAAGCGGCAGCCGCUGGCCGAGGCUGGACGACCGGGUGACGAGGCAUCAGGCAGAGGGCUAGGCUCCCCGGCGGCGCCCAGGCUGCGCGGAGCCGGAGAAGGCGGCGAGGGCGAGCUGAAGAUGCCGGUGCUGCUGCUACUGUUAAGGCGGGAGGCACGGCGGGAAGAGGCCGUGGCCGGUGCGUUGGGCUGGGGCGGGGAAGGGGGCGGGGGCGGGGGCGGGGGCGGGGCCGGGGCCGCGCUGAGCUGGCCGAGGCUGCACCCGUGCCUGCGGCCCCCGGGCAAAGCGCCCGGCAAGGCCGGCCCCGCCCAAGAGCAGCCGCACACACGGCACCGCUGCCGUCGCUCACGACUCUAAGUGCCUGACCCUGACCCUCCAAUAAAGAGUACGUGGCAGCCCUGGCGCCUGUGAACCCUGUUGGAGGCGUCCGGGCGCGGAGUCUGGUUGGGCAGAGCGGAGGCUGGGAGCCGCGCCGGGGCGAACGAGGUGAGGCGUACU